AACGGCGCUGUGGCCGUUGUAUACGUGCGUUGUGCCGCAGGCAGCGAGCAACGACGACGCUGUGGCGAUGGCGUUGACUUUUGGAUAAACAGAUUUGUUUUGAGGCUUAUCAGCUUCUUCUCCAAAGGACGCGACAAGAUCGUGCUGUGUGUGUCCCCGCGAGGAUCGGGUGCGUGAACGCCGUGCCUCUUGGAUUUACACGUCGCAGGGCAUUUUCCCGAGUGUAUCGUGCGUGCGCUGCUGCGUCCGACACCAACCCUCAGGAGCAAGCCCCCCUUGAGUUCGCUUCGAGGACCGAUGGGCGCCGUAGCGCAACGGGACAUGGCCGCCGUGCACCGGGCCGUGCGCCUGUAGGCGCGCCCGCCGUGUGCCAUGGGGCGGCUACCGGCCCGUGGCGCUUGCUCACCGCCUCCGCGGUGGCCCACGUCGUGGCUCUCCCCUCUGCGGCUGGCCGGAGCCCUAGCCGCGGCGCUCGUGCUCGCGCUGGCCGAGCCCGCGCACGCCGCCUGGCAGGACGCCCUCGUCGCCAAAAAGACAGUCGCCCAACUGCCUCCAGAUCUGAUUGGGAAAUUUCGUGGCAACCAGACACACAGCGACCACUUCCGUCUUCUAGAGCAGGACGGCCACAACCUUCUUGUUGGGGCUAGGAAUGUUGUCUACAACAUCAGCCUCACAUCGCUGGAGUUACAAAAGAAGUUGGAGUGGUUCUCUGAAAGUAAAGAUAUCGACAUGUGCAAGCUAAAAGGAAAAAGCGAGGAGGCGUGCCAGAACUACAUCAGAGUGCUGGCGAGAAAAUCUGAAACAGUCAUUUUUGUCUGCGGCACCAAUGCCUACAAGCCGCGCUGCAGGGACUAUGUGAUAUCUCCGGAUGGGGAGUACUCAGUGAAGGAACAGGUGCCGGGAGAGGGCCUCUGCCCCUUUGAUCCCAAGAACAACAGCACAGCCAUUUUUGCUGGUCCCUUGUCAAGGAGGACAGACGGUGACCUGUACGUGGCCACUGUUGGCCAGCUUUCGGGGGCAGACCCGCUCAUCUACAGAAAACCACUCAGGACUGAACCCUUUGACCUAAAGCACCUGAAUGCCCCCAACUUUGUGAGCUCAAUCCACUACGAAGACUAUGUGUAUUUCUUCUUCCGUGAGUCAGCCGUGGAAUAUAUCAACUGCGGCAAGACUGUCUACUCCCGUGUAGCAAGGGUGUGUACUCGGGACAAGGGUGGGCCUCACAAAUUCCAGCAGCGCUGGACCUCCUUCCUCAAGGCCCGACUCAACUGCUCCGUUGGCGGAGACAUUCCUUUCUAUUUCAACGAAAUACAAUCGACCAGCCCAAUUGUAGACGGCAUCUACAAUGGCAAGGAGGCCAAGCUCAUCUACAGUGUAUUCACCACGCCACAUAACAGCAUCAGUGGAUCAGCAGUGUGCGCAUUCCGUGUGGAGGACAUUCAGCGGGUAUUUGAAGGCAGUUUCAAGGGGCAGGAUGACAUCAACUCGAACUGGCUGCCCAUUGUCAACUCUAAGGUUCCAGAGCCCAGGCCGGGCCAGUGUGUCAAUGACUCCAGGACACUACCAGAUGUGACACUCAAUUUUAUCACGGAGCAUCCGCUCAUGGACCAGGCAGUUCCGUCACACUUUGGUCGGCCCAUCUUGGUACACACAGGCUUCCAGUACCGAUUCACAUACAUUGCUGUGGACCCCCAAGUAGAAACUGUGAGCGGCAAGAAGUACGACGUCCUCUUUAUCGGAACAGACACUGGGCGAGUGCUGAAGGCAGUGAACGUACCACGGCAGCAGCAGUCAGCGGGAGGCCACCCAGUACUGGUGGAGGACGUCGGGGUGUUCCAGGGGGCACCUGUCACUAACCUGCUGGUGCACCGGCCACAAGGGCGCCUCGUAGUUGUCACCCACUCAGAGAUACAGGCUGUGCCGCUUUUCAGCUGCCAUCGCUAUGCAGCGACCUGCGCCGAUUGCGUGGCCCUCCAAGACCCUUAUUGCGCAUGGGACAGCGAUCGAAGCACUUGCGUCAACCCAAGCUUGAGGGUUAGAAAAAAGGACAGCUACGUCCAGAACAUCGAAGAAGGAUGGGAUCACCGAUGUGGCCAAGGGGUGUUGCAGGGGGCAUCAGGUGUGACAGCGUCUCCUCCGGUGAGCGUGUGCCCCCCGUGUGACUGCACUUGCCCUCCUCCCCCAACCCUUCCUCCCACGCCGUCGCCGCCCCCAACCGAAGUCGACGACCCAGACAUGGCCGCUGAAGAAUUCAAUGACCUCACUCGGCCCCAGUUCUUUGGGAGGCCCCCAUCGUCGAACGGUCCCCUGCGGUCCCCACACCAGUACCAGGGGUCUGGAAUGGACGACGCUGCUCACCCAAAUUCGGCGUCCCGUCCCUUGGGAGACGGUCACGAAGGCGCUGUGGCCGGCUCUUCUUUGCAUGGUGACCAGAGGACAGGCGCUUCCUCCCAGUUCUACACAGCUGAGACUCUGGCUAUUGCUGUGACCACCAGCAUUGUAGCUUCCCUGGUGGUGGGCUUCAUUAGCGGCUACAUCUUCAGCCGGCGCUGCCGCAGCGAUGAAGAAGCCGAGGAGACGUGCCCGCCCGACGACUAUUCACGUUACCUGGACCGGGGAGGUGACCCCCACUCUGAAGGUUUCCUGUCGUCGACACACAACCAUGCCAAGCCCAUCAACCUUGUCCUCAACGUGCCGCCCAAGAACGGCAAGAAUGCCAACAGCUCGGCGGACAACAAGCCUCUGCAGAAAGUGAAAAAGAUUUACUUAUAGCCUCUUGCGAGGCCGGGCCUGGAGCCGUUUCAGGUCUAUUGAGCACCUCGGGCUGCAACAGAUGCACGCUCUCCUUCCCGGCACAUCUCGAUGGAAGGCCUUCAUUGACCUGCGCAGACAUUUUGAUGCAAGCGCACCUCGGGGAAUGAGCAGCAUCUCGAGCACGGCAUGAUCGAGCAGCCGGCAGAGGAAUGCGAAUGGCCAUUAUGCAAAGCGCAAGACGGCACCGUGCACCUUCAAGAGGCGCCUUCUCUUUCUUUCUGCGAGGCCUCCGCAGCACAAGAGCUGUGGGCUUGCCGCUCCUGGGUCCGGCAUUUAGGGAAUAUCGAAAAAACAAAAAAACAGUCAGUUCGAGAGACACCAGCAAGUGGGUAUUGGCCACGCUUGCAUAAAUGGAAGACUACAGGGGACUGCAUGUGCAACAUUGUUUGCUCUGCUGCGUGUGUGUGAUGGCAAAAAAAUGUGUGUGCACUCUUGCCUGCAGAGCUGUUCAGCCACCUAGCCCUCCGAUAGCUUGGUGACUGGUCUGAGUGGAACCUGCUGCAAGCUCUGGCCAUGUGCGAGUGAUCUGUCUUAUUAGUGGUGGACGCAAGAGACCGUGUGUAGUCUACACCCAGCCCCCACCUGUCCCAGCAAUCCUGCAGAGGAGGACAGCGAUCAGAUCUAGUCUUGGUUGGCACGCACCAGCACUGAAGCCUUGCAUCGUCAUGGGACAGUGUCCGUAAAGCGCCAAUGCUGGCUUCCACAUCUUAGUUGCAUCUCGCCCAACAGUGAAUACGCCGCAACUGUUGCUCUGCCAAAGGACUUACCCGUACCUUGCCUGGCUGCCUCCGCUUUUAUUGUUUUACUAUUUCGCACUUUCUUUGCGCCAAUAUACAACUUGUUAAGCAUUGUAAAGCGUCAGCAUUCCAUUCGCAAGUUACUUCAUUUCUUAGGCAUGAUUAUUGUUUAUUUUACACCAUACCCCUCUCUUGCUCAAAAAAGAGUGUACUUUGCUCCGUUUCUUUACACCUACACCUGUUUGGGCAGUGUGUCAGUAACCGAGUGUUUUGUCUUCUAAAAGAAAUGUAUUAUUUAUUGAAUUCCAUUUGCAAAGGCAACAUUAAGUGCAAGUGUACAGAGCCAGUAAACCUUUUGUGACUACUCUCCCCUUUCCCUCGCCCUCGUGCUUUGAUGCACACUCAGCGAUCUGUCGACACAUUGGUCGGGUAACUUCCUAGCCGUCCCCAAGCUGCUGCCAGGAUACAUGGACACAGCAUGCGGCACAUUUGGCGUACUAGUAUGUGGCACGGAAGUGGAGUGGUCUCUGUGGUUCAAUUUAACCUAGUCCCUUAAAGCAAGCAUCCAGGGUUUAUGUGUCAGUCCAGUGUUGUCACUUCACUCCGCAUCUUGUGUGUAUUUUACAUAGAGUCGAAGUAUGUAUUAGUUGUACGUGCUUUCACUGGAACUCUGGCGCUGUGCUUGAUAGAGAGUCUCACACAGCUACGUCGCUCAAGCGAGGACUGUCGUACAAAGAACGCACUUUUCAGUGCGCACACAUCGACCCGUCAAGUGACAGAAGUGUCUCGAGCGACACAACUGUAAGCUGCGGUGCGUGUUUUCUGCCACUCGUGGCACAUCAAUCCUUGCUUCUUUUUAAUGCAGGACUCGGCACUGAGACUCUUCAGUACUAUCAACCGAAACUUUCCUUUGAUUUAAGCGGUGGUCAAGCGUGUGACUUUGCGAAAAGUCGAAGCAGAGGGCGCAUUGGAAUAAAAACCACCGCUUGAUUGUGUAAAAUACAGAGAUGUGUUUAGAAUGGAACAUGUCGUUACGCUAGCUACGUCACACAAAGGUGGCCGGUGAUGCAGCUCGUCUCACAAAGCAUUUGUGAAUUUUCUUCAUCAUUUUCAGCACUCCUGUGUCAUAGACUGUGAAAUAGAACUUGUCAUUAUUCAUUUGUGUGGUUGCUAAGUAUUGUGUAAAAUCUAUAAGUCUGGCAAUGAAGUCUGAAAAUAAAAAAACAAAGGCUUAGCAUGUAAAUUAAUACAAAGAAGUAUAUUUAUGCAUGGCAGCUUUCGUCGGGCACCUGCACUCAAAUACUCGUUCGUGAGAUGGCGUUCGGAGCUUUCUUUAUACAUAUAUAUAUAUAUAGGAUAUAUAGGAUAUAUUUCUUGUGUGUUAUUUUAGUUGUAUUUUUAUUCGUGUACAUAGUUGAUAUGUCAUUAGAGCUUUUGUGUUAAGUUUUGUUGUUUUUAGCUUGCGGCUUCUGUGCAACUUAACAAAUGCACCGCAAUCAGUGUUAGACCUGUGUCAUGCAAAUCCUACGCAGAACUCCUAGCAAGUUGUAUGAGAAAGUGGCUUGCAUAAUGUUCAGUAGACAUCUUUUAAUCUUGCUUUUUCAAAGGAUGUCAUUAUCAUGAAAAUGAGGCCACUGUGCUGGCUCCAUUUGUCUGGGUAGUGGAAAGAAAUGAAAUAGGGUCCAUAGGUAUAAGUCAGUCUGCAUAGAACAUAAUCAGGCCUCAUUUCACCCAUAGUCUGUAACAUUUUCAAAACCACUAAAAAAGAGAGAGAGAGAAAAAAUUGUGGCAAGUCUAGAACACUAAAAUGCCCUUAUUUUUACGAUAGCAGAAGUACGCUAUUGAGGUUGAAUGAACUCUCACCCUUUUGAACUUCCAGUCUACGCUAAUAAUGCACAUCCCCUUCAUUUAGUGCUUGCGCCCGCCUUGCAGUUUAUCUCAUGAGCGUAUUCUUUCAUGGCAAUCUCUCACUGAUCACAGGAAAUUAAGUUAAAUGACGGUGCCUUUAGGGGCUAGGUUGAAAAUUGUGCUUGACAUUUGUGUUGCAUCCUGUCAUGUUCAUUUGUACAUUUUAGAGACACAUAUUACACAUAUUACGAUGGGCACACAUGCAUUUAUUGUUUAUUUGUGCAAAGCUAGUGAUCGAACAGAAAGCUUCAGCUGGCAGUUUGGCCUCUUUUGUUAUUAAGCAAAAACACUUUGGCAGGUUAUUUGGCACCAUUUGUUCGAAGUCAAGCAUCUGGAUGUUUGCGCUACAUUUUUGUUACAUAAUGCAAGGCAUAAGGCAAUGUAGAUUAAUGUUAAUAGUCCACACAAAGUGGCACGCAACGCAAAGUUGUACUUACUGUGUAACAAAAAUGUCACCUUACCAGCGGUGUUGAAAGCUUCCCAUGAUUUCCACGAGUCGCAAACACGAAUUGACCACUCGUCGGCGCAACCGGAAACCUCCCCUCUUUGCUGUGCGGGUAAAAUUAGCCGACUGUUGUCAGUGCAUUCUCGAUCUCAUGUUGGAACACGUGUUCUCUUGCUUACGGCAAGCAAACUUGCAACCUGUGGAGAUCACUGCUCCCUGCAUUAUAAUUAGUACGGAGCACCCAAUUUUCUGUCUUGUUCUGCCCUUAUUGUUGAUGACCUUUUACUUGUCCUUGUAUUGCUUGCGCCUUUUGAUUGAAUGUGCCAGCUAGGUGUUGCUUUACGUGUACAUAGCUGCCUCCAGUCUCCCCUUCCUUUAUCUUCCACAAUGUGUAAUACGCGACUGUCCAGAGCGCUUCUGAUUUCACUGUCCUACAAAAAAAAAAAGGAAGAAACAAGGGCCUAGAGACAACAGGCAUCUGGCAACAUAGUCGCUCCAGUGUUCUCUGCUGGCUACGUACAGCUUUUUCGUCAGACAAUAACAGUUAGUAAUAACGCUGUAUACAUAUACAGGGAUAAUGUUGUAAUCGAAGCCCUCCUCUUCUCCUGACCCUGCUCCCACCUCGACAGUCUGUAUCAACAAAUACAAAAGGGGGGAAAAAAAAUAAGAUAGUGACAUUUCUGUGCAUACAUCGUAUUCUUUUGUACAUCGAGAGAAGUGACCCUGCCCGGAGAGUGUUAUAUUUUUCUUCGUGCAGGCUAGCAUGUCCAUGUCCCUUGACAGCGCAAGUAUUGUACAGGUAUGUUGACGUUACUAUGAUAAUAAAACUUCUGACUCCAAGGUGA